ACAAAAAAAUAUUAAGUAACACAGCUGUUUUCAACAUUGAAAAUAAUAAGAAAUGUUUCAUGAGAACCAAAUCAGGAUAUUAGAAUGAUUUCUGAAGAAAGAAGAAUUUCUAAGAAUGUUCUUAGGUGUGUGACUUGAAAAAACGGUACUCAUAGGUCCUCUUUGUUUGAAUCUCUCAGGAGAGGAGUCAGCAGGCAGGUUUUGCUGGGUUAGACAGAAGUUCAUGCAUUACUGCAGCAGUCAGAGGUCAGUGUUUGAGCGCUUUUCACAGAACUAUGACGUUACAGUAAUUACACUGCAGAUCUCAAGCACACUAAACACUCAGCACAUUGGAAAAGAUUAAUCUCUAAUGUGUGAAAAACUCGAAACAUGAAUGUGAAAAACAUGAAAUUUACAAUCAGCACAACUGAAAGUUAAGCUAAACUGCAAAUCAGCCUUCCCAUUGCUCUCUCCUGUUCUCUAUAAUCUCUUUCUCCCCUGGUGAUAAUCGCUGGUGUGUUAGCAGAGUUUAAAAGAUUAGUUUGCGUUAGGGGCUUAGUGUAAGCUAGGAUGCAACACUUCCCAUUUCUUUCCAUCUGUCUCGCUCCGUCUAGAAAACAGGUUCUUGAAAAUAGUCUGUAAACAAUACAUUUGAUGUAAAAAAAUAAAAUAAAAAUAAAAUAAAAAUUGUAUUAUAUAAAUAAUUAGAUAUGAGACAACAGAACAAGUGAUUGCUGAGUGGACAAUGCGUGGAGCACAGAUAUAGACUUUUCUGCAUUGGAGAAGCAUUACCAUCAAAACACCAUGAAACUAGGAGCUCUUCUCCUGCUGCUUCUGGGGUCCAUGCAUAGGGUGUUCACGCAAGUGCCUAUAACUGCAUUUACUGAACGAAGCACUGUGGAGGAAGAUCUAGGAAGUGGUCUGUUAGAGGUGGAACAGGAGGAUGAACUGGGAGACACUUACUGGUCUGGGACAGCCCCGCUUUGUUUUGGAGGGUGUAAGGGCAGACACAGUGAGCUAAAGAGAGACAACUGUGGAGAUUCAGACUGCUGCUGGGUGGGAUACAAAUCCCUCUGUAGAGUGAAUUGUGGAAAACCUGAUGUGGACUUUAACGGGAUGGUGUAUGGGAGUGAUUGGUGGGUGGGUUCUGUGGUGCGGUAUGACUGCAGGCCAGGGUUUGUGUUGGUUGGAGAUCCUGCUCGAGCUUGCCAGUCCAGUGGGAAAUGGACGCCCAAACCGUCCUGCCUCAGAGUGUGUCAUCGUGGCCGGGUUGAGAUCAAUGAGAAGGACAUUGACGGGACGUGUUCAUCCACCUGUCCUGAUGCUAAAAGCUAUGCCGUUCCUCUGAACCAUGAAUGCAGUCGCAUUGAGAACUGCAGGACUAAAGAACCAGGAUGGAAGCGCUGGUUUACACGCUGCAACUACUGCGACUGUGACUGCUUCACUCCCUGUGCUUCUACAGGAUAGAAGACGGUGAAUCUCUUUAUCCUUUUUAUCCUAUGAAGACAUUAUGCUCAUAUGAGUUAUGGAAACAACAGAAUUUGAAUGUAAAGAGACAAGUAUUUUAGUUUGACAUGCAAAACUAAAAAACAUCCCUGAAAAUAUUGGCAUUUUAUGCAUCUGAUUAUCUAUGAAAUUGGAGACUGGUAAUGUACGCUAUUUGAUUGUACCUUAAUUAGUCACAAUUGUUGAAAGAUCAGAGAAACAGUUCCAGCAGUGCUCAGUGAUUUUAUUAGAGUAUUAUACUGUAGAUACAAUGAAAUUAUUAGAUUAUUCUUUUACUUGAUGAUUGAUAGAAGAUGUGGGAUUGAUAUAGAAUCAGAGUGGUCUCAUUUGAAACCACAAGAUACAACUGAUCUAUUUUUAGCCCCAAGUGGUAUAAUUCAUAAUGAAAAUCUCAUUUUUCUUGGGUUGGUAGCAGCCAAUUCCUG